CAAAACUACAGGUCGAUCAUCAGACAACCUCAUUCUUAUUUCUUACUCGAAUUUGUCCAUCUUUUACAGCAGCGCUGCUGAGGUAGCUCCUGAAAACAUCCAGCCUCGUCGCGAAUGUCAUUCAAUCCAGGCUAACAUAGAAAUGGCUAUUUCUCCAAGCGCAAUUGUUCCUGAAAUUCUUAAAAAGGAUAAUUAUGAAAGAUGGAGAAUUUUAAUACAACAUCAUUUUGAGGCUCAAGAUCUUUGGAAUGUUAUAUUAAAUACCCCUCCAGUAAAUGGGAAGCGGGAGUGGACUAAAAAAAAUGCUUCAGCUCUACUUGCGAUUAAGAUUUCAUGUGAAGCGGAAGUUUUUGAUAAGAUAAAGGAGAUUAAAUCAGCCAAAGAAGCCUGGGAUACACUGGCCAAAAUGCACAAACUUCCGCCUUUUUCUCAUGAUGAGAAUAUUGCCCAGCGCAAGGAAGACGUCUCCGACCAAAGUGAAACUGUCCAGCACCACAAAGAUUCUCGCGAAAUUGAAAUUAAAGAAAAUGACUACCACGUAAUUGAAAUUGAGGAGCACCCCGCAGAAACAUCAGAUGAUACGGACAUAGAAAAUCUUUGCGAGGCCAUUCGAUCUGGGAAAACGUGGACUCUCUACGGGUUAUGUAAACCUGCUUUGCUUCUUAGACAAGUUGAUUCCGAGGGGAGGAUCCCAGUUCAAUUGGCUUUCAACACUGGCCAUGAGCCCACGGCACACAUCGUCUAUCGUAAGACACGCGCCCACUGUCCUGAGAAAUCGCUAGAUGUUGUUCUAACAGGAAAGAUUGGCUUCCACCUCCUCGAAGAGUGCAUAACUAAGAAAAUGUUCGAUAUUGCAUAUGAUCUUCUUCAAAGUUAUCCAAAUUUGGCAGAGCCACAGGGAUUCGAUUCGGAUUUCAUUCCACUCAUUUUAACACUUGCUCAAGCCCCAGCCCCAUUUUUUAGGGGAAGUCAGCUUAUAUUUUGGAAACGGUGGAUAUAUAACUGUUAGUAUCGCUAUCUCUUUUCUCUUUAAAAUUCUAACAAUUAAUAAUUCUAAUAUACAUUUAUUAAUUUA